AUGACAAAUGAAGAAAAGCUAUUGAUUGCCUUCAAGCAGCGAAACUUGGACGAAUUCAAAGAAAUCAUAAAAUGCGAGGACUUGGACAUCAAUUACACCUGGACAGCGUCGGAUAAUCGGACUCUAAUGACUCUAUUAGAUUUGGCUUGUGAAGCCAGCGAAGCCAGUGAGUAUGUUCUAAUUCUUCUACUUAACGGAGCAGUACGUACCUACUGGAACAGACAAAUGCUCAUCAAGGCAUUCGAAAGAAAUUUAGACACAACUACGAUAAAUUACCUGGUAGUGGCUAAUAUAUUGAAAGUAGAACCGGAAGAAGAAAAUAAAUUUUAUGAUACUCUAAUUCGAACCACGGUCGAAAAAAAUGAUGUCAACAUAAUGAAACUUAUAGCAUACUACCGUCAUAAAAACUUAGCUCCAGAAUUUGCACACUUGUCAUCACUUCUAGAAAGUAUCGAAACAGUCAGGUUGCUCAUCGAGUACUUCGAUGUGGAUAUGGAAUUUCAAAGGGAUUCUCAUGGUCAUGCUCGUACUUAUCGUGACAUAAUAUUGCAGAAGUAUCCCCAACUAAAAUCAAAACUGCCAAUUCGGUCACCAGAUGAGCUCCAAGACAUACUAUAUUCAUAUCUUUAUCACAAUGCGCCUGAAUUGUUUUUAAAUCGAAUCGCCGAACUGAGCACCGAAUUUCUGGACAGUCCCGUUUAUUAUAAAACCAGAACAUACUUAUUCGAAGCUUGCAAAAAAGGUUACAUUGACGUAGUAGAUGCACUGAUAGAAAAACAUGGUAAUGUAAAUAUGCCAGCCACAGAUAACACUCUUGAUGUCCCUAAUUCAGACCAAAUUACGGCAUUAGCGGUAGCUGCGUAUAUGGGUCAUUAUAAAAUUGUUACCAAGUUAAUCUCACACAAUGCUCAUCUGCAAAUUAAUAAAACAGGGGGAUCGAUUUUGACUUUCGUAAUAUAUGGUAUGAAUCGACAAGGUUCCUCAAAAGAUACCCAUCGCGAGAUCCUAAAUUUACUCUUGACGACUUACAAUUCGCAAACUGUUCCUGCACUAAAUAUAAAUCAUAAAGACGAGGCUAACAAGACCCCACUUCAUUAUGCAGUCGCAUUGAAAAAUGAAUUUGCCAUCAAGUCUCUCCUUGACGCUGGUGCCGAUGUGUAUUCAAAAGAUGCCUACGGUAGGCCUCCCUUAACUUCACUUCCACUAACAAUAUUGGAAAAAUAUUUUGAUGAGAGCAUUAAGUUGCAUAUACACGAUUCAUAUCGAGAUGUGGAGUUUGACUACAGCAUAUUCAAACAAAACGAUCAAAAUUUUUCAACAACUGGUAACGAAAUGGAGUUUUUUCAUCUAAUUCAGCAAAAUCCAGAGUUGAGAACACUACUGAAGCAUACGCUUUCAGAGAGCUUCCUCUGUGUGAAAUGGUGUCUCGUUAGGAAAUAUUACUUCCUUAAUUUCGCAUUCUAUCUAUCAUUUUGCGUGGCCUUGAACGCGUAUAUUUUUCAAAUGCACGAUUGUCCACCGUCACCGACCAGCUACAACAGCUCUCAAUUAAACGAUACUGGAAUCAACCAUCAUACCCCUUCAAUUCUAUGUGAUGAAUCGUUGUUAUUAGGAUUGGGAAUAAUAACAUUCCUGUUUUACAUCGUGUUCAUUCUACGAGAACUUUGCCAAGUUUCUCUUCCAAACAAGCAAUACUUCAGAUCACCUGAAAACUGGUUGGAAAUGACGAUGAUAGUUGCAGUUGGUGUUUUCUUUGCGAAUCAACGUAACGCACAUGUAGCAGUCACCAUUAAUUUAAUCUCGGGUGUAGAGCUAGUAUUUCUACUAGGUAAACAUCCGUGGUUUUCGGUCUACAUAGAAAUGUUUAAAACAGUGGCACUGAAUUUUGCCAAAUUUCUCGCAUUGUUCUCGAUUCUCGCUAUAUCGUUUGCGAACAGCUUUUACAUUUUAUUCCGAGAUAAAACAGAAGAGUACAUAUCGUCAGAAAAUCAAACUAAUGUUGAUCCAUCCAAUCAACGGAUUGCAAACUCAUUUAAUUCGUGGCCAGACCUGAAAGUAUCGCUUAUCAAAUCGAUUAUCAUGAUGACCGGAGAACUUGAUGCUUCUAAUCUACCCCUAGGUGAAAACUUCAAUUACAGUUACGUGUUUUUUUCCCUUUUCGUCUUUCUCGUUCCUGUGGUACUUUAUAAUCUACUCAAUGGUUUGGCCAUCAGUGAUACGAACGUCAUCAUGAAAGACUCGGAAAUAGUUGCUGUGAUGUCUCGAGUUGAAUUGAUAUGGCAAUUAGAACGUCUACUCAACAGCAAGUCAUUGCAGUUUUUCCGCAAGCAUUUUUCCGAAUUUUUAAAUCUCAGAUUUUUCAGGGAUGUUGAUAUAAUUGGGAAGCUCGGUGAUGAAGUAAGACAGCAACAGAAGAAACUUAUAGUAGAAUCCUUCUUCAACUACAGAAUUAAAUUUGGUACUCUCGGCAAAAAAAUCGGGGAAAUGCCUCUCACUAUCAUCAACCAAGCCGAACAAAUUGUACAAAAUCGAAAUAACCAUAAUUCUGCCGAAAAUGUGAACCAGAAUCUAUCAACUCAUGAUGAAAAGAAAACUUCAUCGAACAGCGAACGCGUUGGUGAGGCGAUCAAUACGUUUAGCGAUCAAAUGCAUGAUCUGAAACUUGAAAUCGAUGUAAAAAUUGUUAAUAUAGAAGAAAAAAUUGCAGAAAUGAAUGAAAAAAUUGCUGAUCGCGAUAAAAAAUUGUUAAAAAGUGUUGAUGAACGUAACGCGAAAUUACUCGAAUCUGUUGUGGAGGCGGUAGCACAUCUUAAGCCAAUAGCUGAUCGCGAUGAAAAAUUGUUACAAAGUGUUGAUGAACGUAACGCGAAAUUACUCGAAUCUGUUGUGCAGGCGGUAGCACAUCUAAAGCAAAAGGAAUAGAAUUUUUAGA